UUAACAUCUAAUAUUAACCAGCUUUCCCAACUCAUAAAAGCCGGGGAUCUUAGGAACAUCCCGAUGUACUUAUUACCCUUGGAAUUGUGAAUCUCAUGUCACCAGUGUGAAAUUAGUCUCUGCUCACUGGCUAAUGGAUUCUGCUUCACACCGUGUACGUUCUCUGAUUGAUGGUCCUUUAUUGCUGGAAAACAACCAGGAAAAUUCAUGCAAAGGGGUUUGGAUUCACAAACUAAAAAACAACUAGAGGAAGAAGAAAAGAAGAUAAUUAGUGAAGAACACUGGUAUCUUGAUGUACCAGAUCUAAAGGAAAAAGAGAGCUGUAUAAUAGAAGAGAGAAGCUUUCUGCGAUGUGAGGAUCUCGUUUAUGGCAGAAUGUCCUUCAAAGGAUUCAAUCCUGAAAUUGAGAAGUUAAUGAUCCAAAUGAACUCCAAGUGCAAGGAGGAAAAAAUUGAAGAGGAUGAUAAAAUGGAGGCUGAUGUGUCAGAUGAAGAAAUGGCCAGAAGAUAUGAAACAUUAGUGGGAACAAUAGGGAAGAAAUUUUUGAGAAAAAGGGACCAACGUGUACUCAAGGAUGAUGAUGAAGAUGAAGAUGAUGAAGUUGAAGAGGGGAAUAGUAAUGCAAGACCUAGUAAAAGAGCUAAGAAAAUGUUCUUAAAACCUCAGGAUUAAUGUCAACUGCACAAGUGGAGCUUGUUACCUAAUGCCUACCAAACAGAGUACCAAGAACUGGAGAUUGUUUGGAGUUUUUGCUAUUUAAUGUAAAGUGUGGAUUUGUAAAUCUGUUCUAUUCUCAUUGAAAUUUCUACCAUCCACAGGACAGACACUUUCCAAAGUGGGUGUUUAUAUAAUGGAUGUUGUACAUCCUUUCCUCUCUCAGCAGCUUUUCAUGAGUGGGGCGCUCAUCCCAUCAGUCUCUUUAAAUGUUCUGCAUAGUUAAAUUGAGUGUUGCAUGCAAUCAAAAGCAAUGUUAUUUACAGUUUAGGAUAACAUCUGAAAGAAGUAUUUGGAGUAAAGAUGAGCUGUGUCCAAUUCAGUAAGGCAGUUCAGCUUUCACUGCUUGCUUUAUUAUGAAAAUGAAACCUGCGCUCUCUUCAAAUUGAAAAAAGUCAGCAGAAACAUGCUUGGUUUGUGAUCUUUUUUACUGUGCUGAAAAUAAGAUGAGAGAAGAACAGAGAGAUAAAAUCCACUGUAUUGAAUUUUAUUUUUUAUAAAGUUUAUUUAAAAAUAGAGGAUUUUGUAGUGAAACUUUUUUUAUAUACAGCAAGCCAAAUAUUGGGCAACGUUUACAGUUUGACAUCUUAGCAGAUUGUGAAUCUUAGUUUCUGCCUUCCAAAAGAAAUUUGCUAAUUUUGCCUCUUUUUCAGCAAAAAAAUCCAAUCUUAUAAUUAUGUAAGUCUUGUAAUAAAAGCAUAAUAACAGUUUCAGAAACACACUUGAAAGCAGAAUAAAAACUGUGGGGUUUUGUGUUAA